AGCGUUCUCAACUGCGAGAAAUGCAGUGAGUUCUUUCCACGCUACACUCCAUGAUGGCGGCCGCCUUGCGAGGAAGCCUUGUAACAUUGGCCAAGGGCCUCAGUUGCCCAUGGUUACAGCCACUGUGUGCCCGAUCGCUCAGUCUGACUGCCAGUCAGAAUAGUCCGGACACACCUCCAGCUCGUGCUGACAGCACCUUCAAGGUCACCAUGGUACCUGGAGAUGGAGUUGGACCUGAACUCAUGACUGCUGUUAAGGAGGUUUUCAAGGCAGGUGAUGUCCCUGUGGAGUUUGAGGAGUUCCACCUGAGUGAGGUGCAGAACAUGGCCAGUGAAGAGAAGCUGGACCAGGUCCUCUCCUCUAUGAAAGCCAACAGGGUCGCCAUCAAGGGAAAGAUUCACACUCCCAUGGAGUACAAGGGAGAGCUGGCAUCAUAUGAGAUGAGACUCAGGAGGAAGUUGGACCUGUUUGCUAAUGUGGUGCAUGUGAACAGCCUUCCUGGUUACAGCACCCGGCACAAUAACCUAGAUCUGGUCAUCAUCCGUGAACAAACAGAGGGAGAAUAUAGUUCUCUGGAGCACGAGAGCGUCAAAGGAGUGAUAGAGUGUCUGAAAAUCAUCACACGAGAGAAAUCCCGUCGCAUUGCCAAGUUCGCAUUCGACUAUGCAACCAAGAAGGGCCGCAACAAGGUCACAGCCGUGCACAAAGCCAACAUCAUGAAACUUGGAGAUGGACUCUUCCUGCAGAGUUGUGCUGAAGUUGCGGAGCUUUACCCCAAGAUUAAAUAUGAAAAUAUUAUCAUUGACAACUGUUGCAUGCAGCUUGUGCAGAACCCUUAUCAGUUUGAUGUUUUGGUGAUGCCUAAUCUCUAUGGCAACAUCAUCGAUAACCUGGCAGCAGGCCUGGUGGGCGGAGCUGGUGUGGUACCAGGCGAGAGCUACAGUGCAGAGUACGCUGUGUUUGAGACGGGAGCCAGACACCCAUUUGCCCAGGCAGUGGGGAGGAAUAUUGCUAACCCUACUGCCAUGCUGCUCAGUGCAGCCAACAUGCUCCGGCACCUCAAUCUGGAAUAUCACUCAAACAUGGUGUCGGAGGCAGUCAAGAAGGUCAUCAAACAGGGCAAGGUGCGAACGAGAGACCUAGGUGGUUACAGCACUACUGGUGAUUUUGUCCGUGCUGUUGUGGCCAACCUGCGCCAUCGACCCACUCACUGAGGAUCUGUUUGCCCGCCCCUCUGUUUAUCCCGGACCGCCCCCCUGACCCUGCCAAAUAUUCUGGAUUUUUCUCAAUUUCCCCAGCAUGCCUCUUAAAGGCAUCUAUUUCUUAAGAUGUGGUUUCUCACGGGAUCUCCAACUGCAGCAUAUAACCCUCUCCCUUUUUUGUCAUCUCCUCCUUUCUCUACUGACUUCAUCUCAUCUUUUUGGUCAUUGUUUGCUUUGUAAUCGUCUAAUUCGGUAUUGUUUUGGGGUCUUAAUCUUUUCAUUUCUCGUCAGUUGGCACCUGUCGUAUUGUUUCUACGCGUGUCCAUUUUUGUCCACUAUUUAUUUUGUCAUCUUUCUCUUUGACAUUCUCUCCAUUUCUGACAUGUAUCUGUGUAAGCUUUUACCCCUCAAUCCUAAACUCUACAUUUUAACCCUGCUUUGUACAUGUAUGCACUGUUGACACUGCCUGGCACUCUAUUCUGUAUUAUCCCAAAUGUCUCUUAUUCUUCUGCUACCUCUGCUUUACGAGGCAAGUCUUUCUGAGACUCUGACCUUUUGUCAUUGUCAUUCCUGGUCCCAAAAAACAAUUUCAAAAUGCUCUUCACCAGCCUGUUAUAAAUUUCUCAGGUUUAUGGGAGCCAUUACACAGGGACAGUUGACUCAGUCAGCACAUGUAAAACAGUGCUGCUCAGUAUUGGACUAAACUACAUACUGAUUCACCUACAUGAGUACUACGAUACUCUGUUUCUGAAAAUGAAUGACUGAAAUGGUUGAUGCUAAAACCUUUACUAUCAAGCAACAGUGAUGACGAUGAUAUGAUAUUCUUUUGUUGGAAACAAGGACCGAUGUUCAUCUGUAUAUGAAAUUCAUCAAAAAUCAAUGGUGUCAUAAAGUGUUUCUGGAAAAUAAUGUUCUUCUCUGGAAUGGGAAUUCUGCACAUGUGAGCUAUUCUCAUUUUAUACGUGAAACCUGGGAUUUUCAAAUUCUUAGACGUUGCUGAUAGAAAAACUGCCAGCAAAAGACAGUUCUUCAUAGCCAGCAGUCAGUAGUUAUUUUUCCAAAAGCUAAUUCCUCAAUACAAAGAGCAUCACAAACUGGUAGUGUUUGCUCAUUAUUGUCCUCCAGUUUACAGUGGUGUACUGUUAGGUUUGAGCUUCAUACAUCAGUCCCAAAAGGACUCUCAGUUGUCUUUCAUGAGGGUUAGUAUUCUCUUAAAUGGCUUGUGCUACAUGGAUUGUAUGUCUAUAUCAAACUGUUAAAGAGAAUAAUAAAAGUUGAAAAGAGA